UUGUCUACUCGCGUCAUGUGUAGUGGGCCCCAGUGCAGCCCCAGGCCGAACCCUUGGCAGCCUUAACUUACUUGUUGCAUCCUGGCUCUCCCGCCCAAUCUCGCCUAUGAAAACUUCGGAGUGUUUCCCUAAGCGCGCCUCCAAAACGAGACUGAUAGAGACAGCGAAACUUACUCCCUGCGGGGAUGCCGACCGGAGGCUUAUACGGCCUAGUACUGGAGUUCUGUUCCGUCCCAGGCUCUUUGGGCGGGAAUAUUCUCUAGUCCCUGUGGAAGAACCACUAGCUGCGCUCUUUUACUACCUUGGCCCAUACCGUCGCUUAAACUCUGUUCUUUAGGGUCGAACUCAAUUUGGAUUUUUUAUUUCCUCGCAAACUUUCAUUCAGCGCAACCUUGAUACCUGCUGGCAUCUUUAAUACCGCUCGCAUUUGCAUUACGAACUACAAUUCCCAGCAUCCUAUAGGAAACGUUAAUGCCUUCACUCGGGACCGCAAGCCCAGGUGGCUCGGCUGCAUCAGAUGACCAUGAGUUUGAGCCAUCAGCUGACAUGCUUGUUCAUGAAUUUGAUGAUGAACGAACUUUGGAAGAAGAGGAAAUGCUGGAGGGAGAAGUCAACUUCACUUCGGAAAUAGAGAACCUUGAAAGAGUAAGCGCUAGAGGUACAUAUUUAUUUCAGGAAAGUGAAAUGCCAAUUGAUGAGUUAUUGCGACUCUAUGGUUAUGGGAGUACUGUUCCACUACCAGGAGAAGAAGAAGAAGAAGAGGAGGAGGAGGAAGAAGAAGAAGAAGAGGAGGAAGAAGAUGUGGAUAAUGAUGGUCGCAGUGGCUGCAGUGGAGAAAUAAAGGAUGAAGUUAUUAAGGACUUAUCAGGACAGGAUGAUGAAACUCAGUCUUCAAAUGAUGACCCUAUUCCAUCUGGUGCAUGUAGAGAUGUACGAGAAGUAAUUCGUCCGCGUCGGUGCAAGUAUUUUGAUGCAAAUAAUGAAAUAGAAGAGGAGUCUGAGGAUGAUGAGGAUUAUGUACCUUCAGAAGACUGGAAAAAGGAAAUUAUGGUGGGAUCCAUGUUCCAGGCUGAAAUUCCAGUUGGUAUUUGCAAAUACAGAGAAACAGAAAAGGUGUAUGAAAAUGAUGACCAACUACUCUGGAAUCCAGAAUAUGUAAUGGAAGAAAGAGUAUCAGACUUUUUAAAUGAAGCAUCCAGAAGGACUGGUGAAGAGAAAGGCCUCGAUGCUAUUCCUGAAGGAUCCCACAUAAAGGAUAAUGAGCAGGCCCUUUAUGAACUAGUAAAAUGCAAUUUUGACACAGAAGAGGCAUUGAGAAGAUUAAGAUUUAAUGUCAAAGCAGCCAGAGAAGAACUUUCUGUGUGGACUGAAGAAGAAUGUAGAAAUUUUGAGCAAGGUCUAAAAGCUUAUGGGAAGGAUUUCCACUUGAUUCAAGCUAACAAGGUAAGAACAAGGUCUGUUGGAGACUGUGUGGCAUUCUACUACAUGUGGAAAAAAUCAGAACGUUAUGAUUUCUUUGCCCAACAAACUCGAUUUGGAAAAAAGAAGUACAAUCUACAUCCUGGUGUAACGGAUUACAUGGAUCGUCUUUUGGAUGAAAGUGAAAGUGCUACAUCCAGCAGGGCGCCAUCUCCCCCGCCAACUACCUCCAACAGCAGUACUAGUCAGUCAGAAAAGGAGGACUGUACAGCCAGCAACAACACUCAGAAUGGUGUUUCUGUGAAUGGCCCAUGUGCAAUGACUGCAUACAAAGAUGAAGCCAAACCAGGUGUGCAUUUGAAUGGACCAACUAUCUGUAGCAGUGAACCGACUUCAAAUGAAACUGACACCAAUGGGUAUAACCGUGAAAAUCUUACUGGUGAUGCCAGAUUUAGUCAUAUAAGUGGAAAAACUGACACAAAUGUAGAUGAUAAAAGCGAAAGGCCAAUAAAAAGGCAACGUACGGACAGCCCUGGGAAGGAGAGUACAGGAUCAUCUGAAUUAUCUCAGGAAGUGUUUUCACGGGGGGAGGUUUAAACAUUUUGUAGAUUUGAAGGAAAAUGAAUUUUUUUUUUUUUUUUUGGGGAGGGAAAAAAAAUUCUGUGGAUCUUGGAACUUCAGGGUUAUUAAAUUAUUUAACAAGUUAUUUUUUUUUUGUAUUAUUUUUCUAUUUGUCCCAUGCACAUUUGAGCCCCACAGAAGAGUGAAAUAUUUUGUGAAUAGUGACCUUUUUGAAGCCCUUUGGGAAAUGUAAGCAGAGCAUUUCAGAUGUUAAGCAGAAGUUCAGCCUGAAUGCAGUUUGGCUUUAUUUUAUCAUUCUUUACUGGAAGGAAAUUCUUUAAACAAAACCAUUUGUUCGAGAAUAUGUCUUAGUGCAAUUGCAGUGGAAAAAUAUUAACCCUGAAAGUUGUUGGUGUCAUUUUUUAAGGUAGGUGUUAAGAAUAAACCAAAUGAGGUUUGUGUAUGUAAUUAAUUGACAUCAAUGAUGUCUUUCCUAUUCCUAUCUGGGCUGAAAAAAGAUACAUUCUGUAUUUUUCCAGAUUUCUUUGUAGCCUUUGAAAGAUUUUUACAUUACCUAUGUUUUGAUUGAACUGCCCUUUCUUAAACAAAGCUUGUAUAAUUUUCUUAACUUGUACAGUUGAUAAAACUUUUAUUAUGAAAAAGGAAUAUUCUGAAAGUUGUACGUUCUUGCUAAAAUAGGCUUCGUUUAACUCACUUGCCUUUUUGAUGUUUACAUUGUUUUUCUUGUCUUCAUGAUUAUGUUCAUCCAUAAGUUAAGUAGUAUCACUUGGCAGGUUUUAAUAUCAUCACAAUUUUUCAUUGUUCACACAUUGUGCAAUUUUAGCAAUUGCUGGUAAGUCCGUUAUAUGCUUGCUUAUAUUGUCGCUUCCCAUUCUUGGUCCCUAAAGUUGCAAGUGUUUGUGAAUGGUGCAGUUAGAAGUGUGAAUAUUUCAAUUCAUCUUUGCACAUUUUGAAUAAUUUCCAUUUCUUGAUGAGUUUGAUCAUUUGACCUGUGACCACAGUCUCCCGACUUUGGCUGUGUGGGUGUAUCGACAGUUCUAUUUUGGCGAUGGAUGGAGAGUCACAGCUAUGGGAUCACUGAUCCGGUGUAAAAGUUAUGUGAAUAUAUUAAUCUAAUGUAUUUUAACACUUCACCCCCUCCCACCAGAAAGUCUUUUUUUUUUUUUUUUUUAUUAAGGGAACAUUAUGCAUGGUUUAACCUGGCCCAAAAAAUAUACAUUUAUGGAAUUAUGUCUUUUUAGAAACCAUACUUUUUGAUAAUUUGGACAAAAAUCAACCUGAUUGCUAUAUUAAAUGUUUAACUUACUUCAUUCUUUUUAUUUCUAUAGUAGCAUAAUUGCAGAUUUGGAGUAUAAGAAUUUUAGGUUUGUUUUUUUUUUCACAAAUGUUGAAGAUAUAUGCAAUUCUGUAGUGUGGGAACACAGAGGUUACACUUGUUUACAUUUGUAUAUAGAUUUUCAUAUAAUCCAUUAGCCGUUAGGUGCAUUUGUAGCCCCACAGUCUAAGCCAAUGCACAUUUGUGGACUGAAGGGAAAGGAGGAGCCCUUACACGUGGGAUAUUCAGUGCUGUCUAGUUGACAAUAGUACAGCAUAUUUUUAGUAUCUGUGAAACCUGCAAAUUAAUUUAUUUUAUUGCAUCAGCUUGCAAAGCGAUAAUUUAUGAUACAUUUUGGCUUUAAUAUUCUCAAACCUCUUUCUUUGGUUAUAAGUUAAUCACUAUAUAAAUAUAUAUGUAUAUUUUAGAGUGUCUUAAAGCAUAAGAUAAUUUCAUUUGCAUUUUUGCUAACCAUACCACAUUCUGUUUCUUUUACUGGUGUACUUUGUUUUUUAUGAGCUUAAUGUGAUGGUUGUUUUUUUGUGUAAAGAAAAAAAUACUUUGAUUAAAGAUUUGCAGUUAUUAAAUAUAAAUUCCAAUCCCUGUGUUGCACUGCUGAAAGGAAAAUCUGUUGUAUGUAAUACAAGUAUAUGUUUUGGGCAGGUGAUGGUUAGGAGUGCAGCAUAGUUUUGGGUAGGUAGUUGUAGGGUUUUCCUGCACCCUCUAGACUUGCAGUGUCCUACAGCAAUGAGGUUCCUCGGUAUCUACUGAAACAUAGGUCAUGCGUUAGUUGGUGUGUUUGGCACUAGAGACAUUAAUAGAGUUCUAUUGUCACAUUUAAUUUCAUUCUUUUAAGUUUGUUAUCCAUUUUUCAUUGCUAAGACUGAGGCAUUAAUUAAGCAUUCAGGAAAACCAGGUCUACAUUUUCAAUGCAAAGAGUAGAGUUAUGGGAAUUGAUGAUUUGUGCUUUCCAGCUUACUUUGAGACUACAGCUCCCAGCAGCUGAGUACCUAAGGAUGAGGAGGAGCUGGAGUUUAUAGAGUGAGGCUUUGUCUCUUUCUACAUUAGCUACACACACAUCCAUCCACAAUGGUUUAGAAACCUCAGGAAUAACCAAUGUGUCAAAAGCAUGACCUUAAAUGUACCAUCUGUUGGUCUUUUAAUGUAUAGAGAUGGUUAUAAAUAGAAAGCUCAUUAUAAUGUAGUGGUCAGUUUAGCACAUGCUGUUACUCUACCCUCGAUACAUCACUGGUAUCCAGCUCCCAAAAGUCACAAACAUAACAUUGACAUAGCUUUAUGUAACUGAAAGGCUUUUCUCAGUGUAGCACUGCUGUAUAUAGAUAGUAGGCAGCAUUUUCUGUGCACAAGUGGACUUGUUUCAGAGUUUUCAUUCUGAUGCUUAAAACUAUGACGUUCUACUUUUACAUGUAAACGUGUCCAUUACUGAGCUUUAACUGAAUGUAAAUUCAUCUAAGAUUCACAAAUGAUUACUGGUCACAUUUCAGAAGUUGCUUUUUUCCUUCUUUUUGCACUGUUGGUAUUUUGCCGCUGUUCUUCCUGAUUUUGUCUGCAUAUCUGCACAAACGUAUUAAAUAUAUUUUUACUAUC